CGUAAACAAAGAGGCAGCGAACAAACGCCAGCGACCCGUUCCGGGGCCACUCAAUCUGGAUGUCCUUGUCGAGACAAAAACACGUCCUGACCAGAGGCUGACUGCGGGGGAAUAGCCACUCUGAAGCGAAUGAAGAAGCUCCUAAUCUUUCACUUCACAUACAGAGGACUUCGUGCGAAAGGAAAAAAGAGUAAAAGGAGAAAAUGGAGUAUAAAUUGCGAAAGGCUGAACCAAAGGACGUGCCGGAUAUAUUACGACUGGUGAAGGAACUGGCUAAACAUGAGGAGAUGGAGCACCAGGUGACGCUGACUGAAGAAGAGCUCCUUGAGGAUGGAUUUGGUGAAACGCCGUUCUACCACUGUAUCAUUGCUGAAAUCCCAGGAGGGGACAGCAGCCAAGAUUCUAAAGUGGUCGGCUUUGCGAUGUACUACUUCACCUAUGACCCUUGGGUUGGCAAGCAGCUCUACCUGGAGGAGUUCUUUGUGAUGGAUGAGUACAGAGGACUCGGUAUUGGUUCAGAGAUCCUGCGACGGCUCAGUGACCUGGCUGUAAAGACGCGCUGCACGGGCAUGAUGUUCGUGGUGGCCGAGAACAACGAAAUGUCCAUCCAGUACUACAAGCGGCGCGGUGCCGAGGACCUCUCACAGGAGGAAGGCUGGAGGCUCUACAGGUUUGACAAGAGCAGCCUGGUCAAGAUGGCUACACCCACUGAGGAGUGAAGGCGAGGAGAUAAUACGAGAAGAGGAGGGGAGACAAAUGUUUCCACUUACAAAAACUGUACAAGAGGCCAGCAAACAAUUACUUAAAUGUUAGUUUCUGAUGAUCACAUUUAAUAUAAUAAAAAGUAGCUAAUAAAGAAAUGCUGUG